UGUGGAUUACUACUUUCUUUCAAGAAUCUAAGGGUUGGUUGUUUUUUUCAUUUAAUAAUGCAUUGACAUGCCAACAGGUGCCAAAGCAGAUGAAACCAAGAUAGCUGGAGAUAACUUGGCUCAGCUAGGUAAAGGAGGGGCUGUUCUCAUGGUUUGCAGAACUUGUGGUAAGAAAGGUGAUCAUUGGACAUCACGAUGCCCAUACAAGGAUCUUGCUCAACCACCUGAAACCUUUAUUGACAAACCCGCUGCAACAGAGACAGCUAUGGCUGCCACCGGAGCAACCAAGGGUGCUUAUGUCCCACCAAGCAUGAGGGCAGGUGCAGAGAGAACUGUUGGAUCAGAUAUGAGGCGCAGAAAUGAAGAAAAUUCAGUUCGGGUUACUAAUUUGUCAGAGGACACCAGGGAGCCUGAUUUGCUUGAACUAUUCCGUACAUUUGGUCCAGUGAGUCGUGUCUAUGUUGCUAUUGAUCAGAAGACCGGUGUCAGCAGGGGCUUUGGUUUUGUCAACUUUGUAAGCAAGGAAGAUGCUGAGAGGGCAAUAAACAAGCUCAACGGAUAUGGUUAUGACAAUCUAAUUCUUCGAGUGGAAUGGGCAACACCCAGAUCAAACUAGAUUGUUCAGAAUCGCUAUGCAUUUCUUCUGGUAGGCAUGGUUCUAUGCUUCCUAAUGUGUCUUCCUGAAGAAUGCUUGUUGUUCUUCAACCUUGGGAUUUUAUUAUCAGAUAGAGUUGUUUAAUGUUCAUGACUGGAUUUCGAUGUUUUCUUUGCUGUUAUUUUUGCUCCUCGAACUGCUUUAUAAAGCGCGGAAGGGUAAAUUCUUGAACAAAGAGCUGAAGAGCAAAUGAGUUU